AAAAACGUGUUGCACUCCGAAUGUUUGUUAGUUUGUUUUAAAACUUAAAACCAUGGCUAAACAAGUCCCCUGCGACUAUUGCGGCGUCAGCAAUGACUCAAAGACAAUAUUUUCGGCCCAGAAAUCGUUUGUGGGUCACAAGAUUCUCGAUGUUCUGGAAAUUGUCACUCACAAAGACUUGCCUGGUAACCUGGCCCUAAAAAUUUGCUUCCUGUGCGCCUCCAACCUGAUGUCCACCAUGGGCGUUAUCGAAAAGACACAGAAGCUGGUGGAAAAUGCCACUUUGGCCAAGAGCGCCGCUGCUACCAAAAACAAAAAGGCGGGCACAAAAACCGACGAACCCGUCAAGUCGAUCGUCGAUCAGAUCGAUAUAAUACCGGAGGCGGAAGUGAAGAGUGCCAAACCGAAGUCCACACCGGUGACCAAGAACGCAACACUUCGCCAGCGCAGCAAGUCGAUGGCCAGCAGACCGAGCGACUUAAUCUUUCCAAAAAGUCCGGCCAAGAAGUUGGACGAAGUCAAUGCCAGUCUGUCAAAGAUGACGCCCAAAAAGAAUACAUCACAUCUAGAAAACAGUCUCGACGACUCUGUGAGGCUUACGCCCGCCAAGGAGGUGUCACCCAACAAGAAGGUCUUCUUGCAACUCUUUGGUUCACGCAAUGUCGAUGCUGAUGCUCCAGAAAGCGAGGACGAAGAUGAGGACGAUAAUGCUGUAGAUGAAAACGCUGAAAAGGUUAUUGCCAUAAAGAGUGGUUUUGAUUGCAAAUUAUGCGAUUUUCAGUCGCGCGCGGCGAAGCAAUUCAAGGAGCAUCUCUUUAAAGAGCAUGGCCAGCAACGUCCACGUAUUUAUUUCUGUGACCUGUGCCCCAAAUCGUUCGGUAUUCUCAAGUCCUGGAGAGUACAUAUUGAGAAAGUGCAUGGCGUCACCGUAGAGGCGCCGAAAAAGGUAGUCAAGGCCAAAGAGCAGCAAACAAAAGACUCCAAGAAGGGUGAAGUAAAAUCCAUUGACAAAAGCCCGCAAAAGGAGGCCAAAGCAAAUGUGGCCAAGGCCAAUGAGCAGGAGACUAAAGACUCUGAGGAAGAUGAUGUAAAGACUACUCAAAAAAGCCCUCAAAAGGAGGCCAAAGGAAAGGUUACCAAGGCCAAGGACCAGCAGACUAAAGACUCAGAGCAAGAUGUGGUAAAACUUACUGCGAGAAGUCCGCAAAAGGAGGCAAAAGGAAAGGUUACCAAGGCCAAGGACCAGCAAAAUAAAGACUCGGAGGAAGAUGAGGUAAAGACCACUCAGAAAAGCCCGCAAAAGCAGUCCAAAGCAAAGGUGACCAAUGCCAAGGAGCAGCAUACUAAAAACUCUGAGGAAGAUGAGGUAAGGCCCACUGAGAAAAGCCCGCAAAAGGAGGCCAAAGCUAAGGUGGCCAAGGCCAAGGAGCAGCAGACUAAAGACUCUGAGGAAGAUGAAGUAAGGCCCACUGAGAAAAUCCCGCAAAAGGAGGCGAAAGCAAAGACUAAAGACUCUAAGGAAGAUGAGGUAAAGCCCACUGAGAAAAGUCCACGUAAAGCCCACAAAAACGCAAUUAUAAAAGAAGAGGUCAAUGAAGAAAUUAUGGAAAUCUCCCAGGGGCCAAAAUUGGCAACCAUCAAAGCUCUUAACGGCGAUGUAUCGGCCAAAAAGAAGUGGCUGGAAAACGUGAUCAGCAACGCAGACUACACAUUCGACGUCAACGGAUCCAGUGCAUCCACUCCCAAAGCGGCAGACAUCUCAAUUGAUCUAGGCAGUGAAUUUAGGUGCGACAUUUGUGACUCGGAGCUGGCAACGGCUAAGCAAAUGCAGGAGCACAUGAAGACUGCCCAUGGGAUCGAAAAGCCAAAGAUAUUCAAGUGUCCCGUUUGCGACAAGGGUCUGACCACCAAACAGACGUUGAAGCAUCACAUGAAUCUGCAUAGCGAAAGUGCCGGGGCCGCAAAAUCCACGAAGCGUAAGAUUCUGCAGGAGGAGAAGGAAAUUGACAUUGUGGAUAGCAUCGCACCGAAAAGCCCACCCCAGGAGGAUGACGAGGAACCGCAAGAGAAAAAGAUUCUUCACACUGAAGAAGAAAUUGCCAUAAUUACUGAAGAUGAAAGCGUCAUAAUGGCUCCACCAAAAGCAGUUGGUAAGAAGCCAAAGAAAGCGAAGGAUUCAAGCAACUCGGACACUCUAGGUGCUAUAGACAUCAGUGAUUCGCCCAGCAAGAAGGGCAAGCGCAAGAACAAAGAGGAAGCUUCUCUAAACGAUACAAGCAUAAAAGUCGAUUUUAUGGACGAAAUCAAUACGAAUGUGAAGCCCCAUAAAAGAGCCCGCCUACAAUCUGCCAGCGAUUCCUUCUGCAGUUCCAUUGACGACUAUUCCACCACUGAAGAGUCCCUUCUCAGCUGCAGUCAGUGUGGAAAACAGGUGAAGUCUAAGCAGCGUUUGAUGCUGCACAUCCAAAAGCGUCAUGGCACCAAGCUCGAGUGUCCCGAGUGCAAGACCAAUUACGGCAACCAGCGUGACUAUGUAAAUCACUUUGCCGUCUGCAGCAGCGGUGGCCCACUGUUGCGCUGCGGUGUGAGCAAUUGCAAGAAGAGUUUCUAUGAAGGCAAUUACCUGAGCACGCACCUUCGAGUCAAACACCAGUGGGUCUAGGUUCUUCCGUAUCCCAUCUUUUCAUACUUAUCGACUAUUAGAUUUAAGUUUAUGUGUAAUUAGUUAAUGUUCCAAGCAAAGGAAUACAUUUCUUUUUCAUAUAAGUUUACAUUUUGCAGACAGUCCAUCAAAAAUCUUAAAAAACACGCAAUUUAUAACUGAGUUACAUUUUAACAUAACAUUUUUGACUAUUGAAUAAUUUUUUGUUUGAUUUUAAAGACAAUUGUCUAGGUUAGAGCAAAACCUAGAGAGAAAAAACUUAGAAUAUACUCACUAAGAGUACAAAUAUUUUUAUAAUUUUUGUUAAUAAAGAUUGUCAGCAGAA